AGAGCAUGUUCAACGUGGCGUCGUGCGUCAUGAUAACGCCCGUGAGCUACCACGGGGGCAUCGGCCACAAGCCGCUCAUAAUGGGCAUCGGCGCGCUGGUCAUGUCCGCCGGCUCGAUGGUGUUCGCCUCGCCGCACUUCCUGGCGCCGCAGUACAUGGUGGUGGACAGCGGCGCCGCCGACGUGUGCCCGCAGCGAGGCCCCGGACAGUGCGGCUCAUCGGCGUCGUCCGGUGCCACCAAUGCCAACGCCUUCAAGUACUUCUUCAUGGUGGGACAUGCGCUGCAUGGCGUCGGCUCGUCACCCUUCUUCACCCUCGGCGUGGCUUACUUGGACCAAAACACGCCAUCGGCCAGCGCAUCUAUCUACAUGGGUAUUUUUUAUGCCACAUCCGUCCUGGGUCCCGCCAUGGGCUUCCUCCUAGGCGGGUACUUCCUUUCAAUGUACACGGACAUAACAGCCGAUUCCUCAAAGCUGGGCAUGGACUCUUCGAGUAACAACUGGGUGGGCGCUUGGUGGCUUGGCUUCUUCGGCGCCUCCAUUAUCGCUUUCUUCACUGCCUUUCCCAUCGCCAGCUUCCCAAGGGCAUUACCAACGGCCAUAGAACGGGCGAAAGAUCUGUCGAGGCUGCAAAAGGAGAAGCGGAUGCUGUCCCUGAAGCAAGCGCCGAGCGCAGCCAACGUGCAAGCUGCGCCGGACGCCCUGGCUGCACCGGGUUCGCAGGCAGCGCCAGAUGACCAGCCUGCUGCUACGCCGGCCUCCCAAGCUCAGUCAGAUUGGCAGGUUACCCCGGACGCGCAAGCUAUGCCGGCUCCUAAAGGCGCGGCGAACGCACAGGGAGCACCAGACCCCGGCGCCACGAGUGCACUGCCCGAUAUGCAGAUCGCGACGGAGGUGACCACCGGGGCCGAGCAGAAGAGGAGUUUCGCAAACCACGUCAAGAGGCUCCUAUGCAACCCGACCUUCGUCUGUCUCACGCUCGCUGCGUGCGCUGAAACGAUGAUCGCAUCAGGACUCACCGGAUUCGCAACGAAGAUCUUCAUCUCCAUGUUUGGAAUCUCAUCUAGCCGGGCUUCCAGCCUUCUAGGUGGGCUGCACCACGCGGAAAUUUCCUGUCGUAGCACGAAGUUGUUCUUCGAAUGCGCAACUGCCGGUUCGCAAUCGUUAUUGGUGAAUUUGCAUAGGGAUCGCAAUCUAUUAUAGAACGGGUUUACUGAUGUGAAUUUGGCCCGUUUCUGGGCGUAUGUGUAGGAUUGAUUCGCACCGCCAAAGCGGCACAUCGAAUGCAAAUGCAAGGCCAAUAUCUUUUGUAAUUGCUUCAGAGUGGCAGUGCUACGGAUAUCUGUUAAUUUUCCUGUUAACUCGCAGUAUUAGGUCAACGCAACAACUCUGUGAGCAAUAAUUUUUCGAUUCUAAAUGAGUGACGCCUGUAUUUCCAUCGGCAAGGUAAACACUUUUCUCUUCAUUAAAACUUCUUG